GUGAUCGCACACUACCACGCGCGUCUUACCAGACAGGCGGGAUCGAACGUAUCGUACACACGAGGCGCUGAAGUGUCGAGGUCCGACCAGUCCAGUUUGAACGUUCGACUAGCGUGUUACGUCGGAGUUUGCCGGAACUAACUUUACGCGUAUCGGCAAUAGUUCUUGACGUUCAAGAUGCACGGUUCGUUGAAAUAGUGGAUACGUUUAUUUCGAUGCAGUUUGAUAUUUAUGUUCGAUUUUGUGAUUUGUUUCUGUAAUUUUAGUUUUACGAACCCAUUUACCCCUAUGGAUAUCAACGUGAAGGUGGAUUUUGGCGCAACUAAACUUAAUAACAUUCUCAACCGACCGAAAACAGCCUCUGAUCGUUCUUCCCACACUACGAUGAAGCACGAAUCGAGCACAGGACGAACACGAAUUGAUAAGAUGUGGACUCAUAACUACUUCUUCCUCCUCACAAUCCUCAUUCUGUCCUGUUCAUCGGCUGUUGCUGCAAUAGGAUGCCCUGCCAGCUGUAAAUGCAACGACGAGAUAUACGUAGUGGAAUGCGAAGGAAGCAAAUUAGACGUCCUACCAAUUGCCCUUAACCCAGCGUUGCAGCGAUUAGACCUCAGGAACAACAAAAUAAAAUCAGUCGACGAGGCAUUCCAAUUCUACAGAGACCUGGUUUACGUUGAUCUAUCCAACAACCACUUCGUCAGCAUCCAACAGAAAAGUUUCAUCUAUCAAGACAAACUCAAGGAACUUUAUCUGAACAAGAACAAAUUAUCGGCGAUCACCAACGAAACAUUCCAAGGUCUGAAUUCCCUGACUGUGCUGAAUCUCAGAGAGAACUACAUAGAAGAACUGAGCGCCAACCUGUUCGUCGGUUUGAAGAUGCUCGAAGAAUUGAAUUUGGGCAAAAACAGAAUAUCGAAAAUAGAUAAAAAGGCGUUUGAUGGUCUGAGUUCACUCAGAGUACUAUACUUAGAUGAUAAUAUGUUAAGUACUGUGCCUACAGAAUCAUUUAGUGUCUUAGGAAGCCUCGCAGAACUCCAUAUCGGACUGAAUGCUGUUGCUCGUCUUCCAGACGAUGCCUUCAAAGGCCUAUCCACUCUCUCUGUUUUAGAUUUGAGCAAUGCAGGCCUAGCCAAUAUCAGCUCGAACGCUUUCAGAGGUUUGAACGGUCUCAGAUCUCUCAACUUAGCAGGCAACAGACUACAAACAGUCCCAACCAAGCAACUGGCUCAUCUUCAACGAUUGGAAGAGUUGCUGAUUGGCCAAAAUGAAUUCAUUACGAUCGGCAAAGAUUCCUUCAAAGGCCUUAUCAAUUUGAGAAAGAUCGACAUAACAGGUGCCAGUAAUUUGGUCACUAUUGAAAAAGAUGCCUUUGGCGAAAACUUGAACCUAGAAACCAUAAUACUCGCAAGUAACAAAAAAUUAGAGCACAUUGAAGAUGGCGCUUUAGUAGGUUUGCCUAAUCUCAAACAUCUCAUUCUUAGAGGUAACUCCUUCAAGAGUUUCUCCGAAGGUAUGGCUUCAUGGAGCGAGCUGCGAACGUUGGAGGUAACCGACCAUCACAUAAAAUGCGAUUGCAGUUUGUUAUGGUUGGGCAACCUGAUGGCUCUGAAGAACAUGAGCAAUGUCCAGUGUUCCUCUCCUCCACAUUUACGAGAGCGCUACCUGAAGACCUUAAGCAGCGCGGAUUUGGACUGUUCCUUCGUGGAUCCAAGACAAACAGCCAUCCUCCUCACCCUCUUAGUCAGUUCCGUCAUAGUACUAGGCGGUUUAGGGUUAUUGCUUUUUCGUUACCGGCAGAGGGUUCGGGAGGCUGUUAAGGACUACAAGUGGAAUAAGAGAGCCAUUAGUAGAAAGGAACACGAAUACCAGAAGACGUUUUCUGAUGAUGAUUAUAUUAUCAGAGCUCAGCACCAUAAUGUUAAGCCUAUACCGGUGACGGAGUUGUAGCUAGAACUGAGCGCGCCACCUUCUGGAGUUUUUUGUGUCGACAAUAGUACUGAGGGUAGACGCGCGAAUGCAGUCAGAGAGCAACGCGGUCCAGGGGGGACACUCCCUGUGAGCGGAUUCACCUAUAUAACUGGAGAUAGCUGCAGGGCACACACGAUGAGAUCCCUAGAUAAGAACUCCUCGAGAAACGGUUUCCCAAUGUGCCAUAGAGAAGUGGUUUACCAACACUAGCAUAGAGAAAAAGGGUCAGUUCCUACAGCUGAUGCCUUGCAGAUAAGAGAAGAUGAGUUUUGACCUCAUCCCGAUGAGAAUACCAACUUAAAAUACUGCUAUUUCCUGCUAAUUCCAGUGGCCUGGGUACACGAGCAGCAGCAAUAAUGAAUCCAUUCCAGAAAAUGUGAUUUUUGUACGAAAUUUAAGAGACUGUUAUAUGGACUCCCUUAUUCACUUAAUUUUCAUUGUUCUAAUUAGCCCUUUGAAACAGAAUAUUUCUGGAAAAAUAUAUUAUAUCAUCAAUAUUAUUGGAUUACCAAAAAAAUUAUUUUCAUGUAUUCAAUUCCAGAAAUGUAUAUAGUCCUAUCGUUUCCCACUGUAUAAUAAGGGAUAAUCAGAACUGAAAGCGCUUAUCCAUUUAAUACAUUGUAUGGGUUCAGAUAUUCAGUGAUAAGAAUUCCGCAUGCACCAACGAUGAUAUCAGGAGUUGAAACAAGAUUUUGUAUUUUCGAAUUUUAUUGAAAAUAUUCAAAUCUUUCUGUAAAUAAGUUGUAAUUAUGCAAUAUUUCUAUAAAAAUCUGUAAAUAUUUUAAUAUCUAAAAAACAAUGUAGAAAUUAUAAUUUAUUUUCGAAAAUUUAAAUACAAUGACAUUCAUUAGAAAUAUUGCAUUCCAGAAUAUUUUAUUUUUCGUGGUUGUGAUCCAUAUUAUACCAGAUAUUGUAACCGGGUGUAAGAUACACUGUAAUAUUCAUCAAACUAUGUAGUGCAGCUGUAAAAAGCACAUUUUUUUAAGCUAGUCAUAAAGUGAAGCAAGAAUAAGCAUUUUUGUAUUGAAUCUUUGUUUUCUAAUGAAUACAUCGUGUAAUUUACUAUUUAUAUUUUGUAAAUAUUAAAGAUAUAUGAGUGAAGCGUUUUGUACAUAUGAAUUUAAUCCUAUCUAUCAUAUUUACAAUAAACAACUUCCAAUCUU